CCCAGGCAUGUGCCGCCUGAACAUUUCAUUCCGAGAGAUCGCCUGGAGCACAAGGGGGCAAAUCACUGGACAGAGAAGAUGUCUUCAAUGUUGGAUAGGUACUUGAGUGCGGAUAAAAUGUUGAGAGUGUUCAUUGCCGUCAUUGGAGCUCCUGUGAAUUUAGUGGCGAUUGCGAUCCUGUCCCGGGGAAAGUGCGGCCUCUCCACCUGCACCACUCGCUACCUGGUGGCCAUGGCAGCGGGGGAUCUGCUCACCGUAGUCAUCGAGGUCUUUUUAUAUCGAAUCAUAUAUAAAUACUUACCGUGGACUUUUCUCAGCAUUACACCUGUGUGCAGGGUUAUGGAGGUAUUGAGGUUCAUUGCCACAUACUGUUCUGUCUGGUUCACCGUCGCUUUCACUGUUGAUCGCUUUGUAGCGAUUUGCUGUCAGAAGCUGAAAACAAAAUAUUGCACCGGGAAAACUGCGGCUGUGAUUCUAACAACAACUUCCGUACUGUGCUGUCUGAAAAACAUUACCCGCUAUUUCUUAUGGGAACCUAGAGAGAUAAUCGACAAUGUACCGUGGUUCUGUAAAAUCAUGGACUAUUUCUCCAGUGACCCGUGGUGGAGAGUAGAUGGUUGGCUCGAUACGGUUUUAACUCCGUUCAUCCCUUUCGCUGUGAUUCUGCUGCUCAACGCUCUGACCGUCAGGCACAUUUUAGCGGCCAGUCGAGUCCAUAAGGGGCUGAGGGGUCAGAGAAACCAGCAGAAUCGUAGUGACUCGGAGAUGGAGAGCCGGAGGAGGUCUGUGAUUUUACUCUUCACCCUCUCCGGCAGCUUCAUCCUCCUGUGGAUGACGAACGUUGUAAAUUUCAUGUAUUAUGAGAUCAAAGGAAUAGGAUUCAGGUAUUUCAAUGAUUCUGAAUGGAUCUUCCACCGCGUCGGAGUUUUGCUGAGGAAUUUCAGCUGCUGCACGAACACAUUUAUUUACGCGGUGACUCAGUCGAAAUUCAGGGAGCAGGUGAUCAGCGCGGUGAAAUAUCCGGUCGCCUCGGUGCUUCAGUUCAUGAAUAAAGCCGCGCACUGAGCACAAUACAGAGGUGGCCGCGGUGUCUUCAGUCCGGGCUCCAGCUCCUCACAUUCACUGCCUGAUUCCACAGGUGUUACUCCCGGGCGUAACGUCCCAUCGACUGGCAGCAACUAAAUGGUAACGAUUGAAAAUAACAGGGAUUUAGCUGACCUGGACAGUGACAGGCCAAGU